AUGAACGGUUUUACUCAUGGUAAAGUAGAUGCAACUCUCUUCACAAAAGAAGUUGAUAGACACUUGCUGAUAGUCCAAAUAUACGUGGAUGACAUAAUCUUUGGUUCGACCAAUGACGCACUCUUCAAAGACUUUGAAAGGGUCAUGAAACUCAAGUUCAAGAUGAGCUCAAUGGGAGAAAUGAAGUUCUUCUUAGGCUUACAAGUUGAUCAGUUGCCGGGAGGAAUAUUCAUUCACCAAACGAAUUAUGUUCACGACGUGUUGGAGAAAUUCAGCAUGACGAGAACUUCACCGAUGUCAACUCCAUUAGCGCUCAAUCACGGCAUUCAUCCGGAUCUCACGGGGGAUAAAGUCGACGAGAAGUCACAAACGAGAAGUCAUCAUCAACAAUUGUUUUUCAUUAAUCAUAAAUGA